UAUUAAAUGAAUAUUGAAAAUAAAAUACAUAACCACUUGACAACAUUGCCAUUAUCUCUUCAUUCUCCUUCUCCAUAUCUACUCUAUUAAUUUCUCCAUCCAAUAUUUAAUAUUUUCCUCUUAAAUUUAAAUAAUAAAUAUCUCAAAUCAUCAAGAUUGCAGCAGAAAACAAGAGAUGGACAAUAAUGCAUCCCCUCAACUUGAGUCAGGUGAAACAUCUUUAGAGGUUAAACCAGAAUCUCAAGCUUCCAGGAAAAGGAAAAUGAUUCAGAAAAGGGUUGUGAGUGUGAGGAUUGGAGAGAAUGUUAGUAAGGUGAAGAAUGAAGGACUUCCUUCGGAUGUAUGGUCAUGGAGGAAAUAUGGACAAAAGCCAAUCAAAGGUUCUCCUUAUCCAAGGGGAUAUUAUAGAUGCAGCACAUCUAAAGGCUGUUCAGCCAAAAAGCAAGUAGAGAGAAGUAGCACAGAUUCAUCAAUGCUCAUCAUCACCUAUACUUCAACACACAACCAUCCAGACCCCGCCGCCGUCUCCGCCACAAGUUCAGCUCAACAACCAAAAGAAUCCGAAACCAAAACAAUCCAAGAUCUCCCGGUGAUCUCCAACGAAGAAGACCUCCUAGAACAUGCAGAACAGGAAAUGAAUCAUACUAACAGCAUUGUGACCAAUGAUAAAGUUACCAAUGAAGAAAAUUUUCAUUACUUGCAAACUCCAAUGGAAGAUCCUUUCAAACUAAACAUGGAAAAACACCAUAUGGAUCUUGUUUUAGAGGAAAAACCACUCUGCUAUGCAACACAGUUAAAGAGUUUGUCAGAAUCUAAAUUAGAAGAACUUGAUUAUUUCGAUGAGCUUGAGGAGUUACCUAUGUCAUCAUCUGUUUUUCAGUUUACUAGGAGCAUUUUUUCCGAUGAAAGGAUUCCUGUUGCCCCUUCUUGAUUGAUUCAGGUGUACUUUUUUUUAUGUUUUUCUUGUCUAGAAGAAUGUAACAUGUGUAUUAUUAUUGUUCAUAUAUGGUAUGCUACUUCCACUUUUCAAUUUGACACCACUCUAUUUCUCUCCUUUUUUAUGAUGCAGAUGUGAUUGUAAAUAUUUUUAACUUUAGACUAUUUAUUAUUGCCACUUAUUUAAC